AUGGCUGGAGUCCUCAACGUCUCUAAAUUUCCUUCCCUCUGUUCAGUUCCUGGCAACCGUAGAACAGCCAAGAAGGGAUUUCCUAUCAUUAGAGCUGCCUCAGAGACCCCUACUUCUUCUACUUCUUUUACUGCACCACCCAAUUUUAAGCCACCAGAACCAAAGCGGUUUGCAGUCAGACCUGACAAGACUUGGGAUAUUGUUGGAGCUUCUCUUGCCUUGAUUUUCCGGUUGGGUACUGGUGUUUUUGUUAAUGGGUAUUCUGUAUCUUUUGUUUCCAAGGAUGAGAUUCCAACUGACCAAUAUUCUAUGGAAGUGGCUGGCUAUAAAGUGAAAGAGACCUCAAGGCUAGGCCCUCGACCAGAAAAGCCUAUUGAGAUCUAUGAGUUUGAAGGCUCCCAGGUUAGAGAAAUUGUCGCAGUGUUGGACCUUGAUGUUCUGUUUUAUCCUUGCCCAAAAAAUGGUCCCACUUUUCGUCCCAAGGUCGCUCAAAUGGGCGGAAAACAACAAUUCCCUUACAUGAAGUUCAGAUCACGUCUCUUGCAAUUUCAAUUUCCUAUUUCACUCUUACCGAAGUUCAUAUCGGAUUUUCCUUCUGCCCUUAGCCUUAAUGGCUUUAAUGUAGAUCCAAAUACAGGAACUGCAAUGUAUGAAUCGGAUGACAUAAUCAAGUAUCUGGUUCAGAAAUAUGGUGAUGGAAGUAUUCCUUUCAUGUUGUCACUGGGUCUUUUAACGACUUUGACUGAAGGCUUUGCCAUGAUUGGUCGUAUGGGAAAGGGGUCAUCUUAUACUCCAUCUAAACUGCCACCCAAACCACUUGAACUAUGGGCAUAUGAGGGUUCCCCGUUCUGCAAAAUUGUUCGAGAAGCACUAGUAGAAUUAGAAUUACCACAUAUUAUUCGAAGCGUUUCACCUGUUGUAUCAGUUUUGCUUAUUGAGUUGCAUCCAUCAAUUGAUUCAAGUUCCUGUCUUAAAAUGUAUGUGUACUACAGACACACGUCUGAUAGUCUUCCAUUGUUUUCUAUUAAUAGUUGUGCUCGAGGCAGUCCAAAACGACAGAUUCUAUACGAGAAGGCUGGGCAUUUUCAGGCGCCUUACAUUGAAGAUCCAAAUACUGGGGUACAGAUGUUUGAAAGCGCAGAAAUUGUGGAAUAUCUAAAAGUAACAUAUGCAAGUUCAUAA